GUCUGUUAUGCAUCCCUGCUGACGUCAGACUGAAGGAGGCACGACUGUCUUGUUGUCACGUGAUCCUCUCCGAUCUGCGCUCGUGGACAUCUGCAAAAUGGAGGACCGUGAGGCCAAAGAACCCGAGCAGCUUAGGAAGCUGUUUAUUGGGGGUUUGAGCUUUGAAACCACAGAGGAGAGUUUGCGAGCCCAUUUUGAGCAAUGGGGAACACUCACGGACUGUGUAGUGAUGAGGGACCCCAACAGCAAGCGAUCAAGAGGGUUUGGCUUUGUAACAUACUCCUCUGUAAGGGAGGUUGAUGACGCCAUGAAAGCAAGGCCUCAUAAAGUCGAUGGGCGGGUUGUUGAACCGAAGAGGGCCGUGUCCAGAGAGGACUCCAAUAAACCAGGUGCCCAUCUGACGGUGAAGAAGAUCUUUGUCGGUGGUAUCAAGGAGGACACUGAGGAGUACCAUAUCCGAGAGCAUUUUGAGAAAUACGGAAAGAUUGAAUGCAUUGACAUCAUGGAGGAACGCUCCACCGGGAAGAAGAGAGGAUUCUGCUUUGUCUCGUUCGAUGAUCAUGACACUGUAGAUAAAAUUGUUGCCCAGAAAUACCACACAAUCAACUUCCACAACUGUGAGGUCAGGAAAGCUCUCUCAAAACAGGAAAUGAGUUCCAUGUCCAAUAACAGGGGCAGGAGUGGAGGAUCUGGAAACUUCAUGGGCAGAGGUGGUAAUUUUGGAGGUGGUGGCAACUUUGGCCGUGGUGGCUAUGGUGGAGGACGAGGUGGUUAUGGUGAUGAUUUUGACAAUGGUCCAGGAGGAAAUUAUGGUGGAGGACCAGGUUAUGGAGGAGGCCGAGGGGGCUAUGGAGGUGGUGGUGGUGGCCCAGGGUAUGGAAACCAGGGUGGUGGAUUUGGUGGCAGCUGUGAUGGAGGUUACGGGAGUAAUGACGGAGGAUAUGGAGGGGGUGGAAAUUACAAUGACUUUGGAAACUAUGGUGGACAGCAGUCCAACUAUGGGCCCAUGAAAGGGAACAACUUUGGUGGCAGAAACUCAGGUGGACCCUACGGUGGUGGCUAUGGCUCUGGCGGCGGCGGCGGUGGUGGUUAUGGCUCACGGCGAUAUUAAUUAUUUCAUGUUUUGGCUUCAGUUCUUAGCAGGAGAGGCGAGGAGGUGAGCAAAGGAAUUGUCAGGAAAGCUGCAGGUUACUUUGAGGCAGUCAUCUGAAAGCAUUAGAGGAACACACAAGUCAGACAUUACUGCAGCUAAAUCGGAGAAGUUUAUGGAAGAAGGACUGUAUACACAAGACAUGAGUGCAGAUGAUACCCUUCCCUGAUUGUGAUAGAUGUUUCCCUGCUAAGCAAUUUUUCCCUUUUGUGCGUCUGAAGUGUGUGUAUUGUGCCUAUGGUAUCAGGGGUAAAGAGUAAAUUGUUCUUUUUUAUCUGAAGUCAGUUCUUAAUAUCUUUAUUUUCCUUUUUUUACAUGAGUUAGUCAAUUAUUUUUUUGUAUUUUAACCUGGUUUUGUCAAUUAGCAUAGUUAUAUCAGGCCCUCAGAUGAGCUAGAAUUACACAUUUUUUCUUUCUGAAGUUAUUAUGAUUGCUCAAUUGCAAGUGUCAAGUGUAUUUUGAUUUUGUAUGUGAAGCACAGUAAUGUAAAUCCUUCGUAGUACCAGUGUUAACAAAUAUAAGCAGUCUGGAUUUAGAAUCAAGGGAAUCCCUCACUCUUCUUGUUCCCAGUGAACCGAAUUCUAGAUUGUCCAAAUAUUUUGAUUAGUAGAAAAAGAACGAAUAAAAUUGUGUAGUAAAGUA